AAAUCUCAUUGUACACAUUGCUCGACACAUUUAUUGACACACGUAGAAGGAUUCUUCACUCUCCCGGAGAAAACCCUAAUCAUUUGGUGAUCUGGUUGAUCUGUGUGGGUAUAUUUAUCAUUUAUUUGUUUUUGUUAGAUUGGUGAAUUUCGGUUGAGGCAUCAAUUAAGAUGGAUGAAGAGUACGAUGUUAUAGUGCUGGGGACGGGUCUCAAGGAGUGCAUCCUCAGCGGUCUUCUAUCCGUCGAUGGCCUUAAGGUUCUACACAUGGAUCGCAAUGAUUAUUAUGGUGGUGAAUCAACUUCCCUCAACCUUAUCCAGCUGUGGAAGAGGUUUAGAGGAAGUGAUAAGCCUCCAGCUCACUUAGGUGCCAGUAGAGAUUAUAAUGUCGACAUGAUCCCUAAGUAUAUUAUGGCAAAUGGUGAACUUGUGCGAGUUCUCAUUCACACUGAUGUUACGAAGUACUUGUACUUCAAAGCUGUUGAUGGAAGCUUUGUAUACAACAAAGGAAAGGUUCACAAGGUGCCUGCAACUGACAUGGAGGCUCUGAAAUCACCUCUCAUGGGCAUCUUUGAAAAGCGACGGGCCCGAAAAUUUUUCAUUUAUGUCCAAGACUACAAUGAAAGUGAACCAAAAACACAUGAAGGAAUGGAUUUGACUAAAGUUACAACAAGGCAGCUGAUUGCAAAGUAUGGUCUUGAUGACAAUACUGUGGAUUUUAUUGGUCACGCAUUAGCUCUUCACAGAGAUGACCGUUACUUGGAUGAACCAGCAUUGGAUACCGUGAAAAGGAUGAAGCUCUAUGCAGAGUCCUUAUUGCGUUUUGCUGGAGGAUCACCUUACAUUUAUCCUUUAUAUGGCCUUGGAGAGCUUCCCCAGGCAUUUGCUCGUCUAAGUGCUGUCUAUGGUGGAACCUACAUGUUGAACAAACCCGAGUGCAAGGUAGAGUUUGAUGGUGACGGCAAGGCUUGUGGUGUUACAUCGGAAGGGGAAACAGCUAAGUGCAAGAAAGUUGUAUGUGAUCCUUCCUACCUCCCCGACAAGGUUAAGAAGGUUGGUAAAGUUGCUAGAGCUAUUGCUAUCAUGAGCCACCCAAUUCCUAGCACCAACGAUUCUCACUCAGUGCAAGUUAUUUUACCUCAGAAGCAGUUGGGUCGUAAAUCAGACAUGUAUUUGUUUUGCUGCUCUUACUCUCACAAUGUUGCUCCAAAGGGGAAAUUUAUUGCAUUUGUCUCGACUGAAGCGGAAACAGAUAACCCUGAGACCGAACUGAAGCCAGGUAUUGACCUUCUUGGUCCUGUGGAUGAGAUUUUCUUUGAGACUUACGACAGAUAUGAACCAGUCAAUGAGCCUGGUCAGGACAAUUGCUUUAUAUCAACAAGUUAUGAUGCCACAACUCACUUUGAAUCCACCGUCGUGGAUGUGCUGAAUCUGUAUACCUCAAUCACUGGAAAGGUUCUCGAUCUUAAUGUGGACUUAAGUGCUGCCAGUGCUGCUGAAGAAUGAGAUACCAUUGUUGCUUGUCCUUGCACUUGCCCGUUUUAUCCCGCCAGUGUCUUUAGGAGAAGCACUGAAAGAGCUCGCCUUAUAACAUCGGACCUGUAUCUUUGUUUUUUUGCAGGUGGUGUCACUUAACAACUGUUUAGACUAUUUUUUGAUGUUUGUUUGAAAUCAUGUGUAUGCUCAUAGCAGUAUCAAAACGCAAGCUUGAUUUCAACUUUUGUUCAAGUUAAAAGGGUAUGAUUUAAGGAUGCGAGAAAAAUGGUUGUGGGGGUGGUGAAACUAUCGUCUUGAGGGCUUGUGUUAGAAGCUUAGCUUUACUGAUUCUAAUGCCACUUUUAUCCUUCUAUGCUAUAUAUAUUAUCAAUGAACAAUUGAAAAUCCUUCUUGCC